AUGGCAUCUCCACUAUCUUGGAUUAAACGUCGAUGGAGAUUGUUAAUUAUUAUUCUUACUCCAUUAAUUCUGUUACCAAUUCCACUCCUAGGUAACUCUAUUAGAGCAAGAUGUGGUUACAUAAUUUUAUUAUUAACGAUCUACUGGGUAUCAGAAGCCAUGCCCUAUGCAGUCACGUCACUUUUACCUUUGGCAUUUUUUCCAAUGGCCGGUGUUUUAAAGGCAGAUCGAGUUGGUUCAGCCUAUUUUAAAGAUAUUACGACACUUUUUGUUGGGAGCAUGACAUUAGCCUACGCUAUGGAACAUGUUUCUCUUCACAAACGAGUCGCACUACUCGUCUUGAGUGUUGUCGGAUCAUCAACAAAAUGGACAAUGGCUGGUUUAAUGUGUGUAACCGCAUUUUUAUCAAUGUGGAUAAAUAACUCAGCAGCCACAAGUGUAAUGAUUCCCGCUGCAAUUGCAAUUAUUAAUGAAUUGCAAACUCAUCAAGAAAAUUAUGCAAAAGAUAAAGAAUUGAACAAUAAUACAGAAAUCAUGCCACAACACGUAGAAACGUAUUACAUUUAUCGGCCGUUAGCAAAACAAUCCUUAUCGAAAAAGUUAUCUAAUGAUAAAGAUCAAAAAUCCAAUGAAGUCGACUAUGAACGGUUAAAAACUGGAUUUUUGAUUGCGGUUGCAUACAGUGCUGCUGUUGGAGGUCUUGCGACACUCGUUGGAACGGGACCAAAUAUUUUCGUUAAAGGAUUUGUUGACGACUAUUAUACCACUGGUCCAUUUGUGUUUCAAAUAACAUUUGCAAAUUUUCUGUUAUAUGCUCUACCAAUUGGCAUUAUUAUACUAAUACAAUGGAAAACGGAUCCAAAAGUACUCGAAGCCCAAGCUCAUCUCAAAAACGUAUUGAAACAACAAUACAAAGAAUUGGGUUCACUUAAUUGGAAAGAAGCGAAUAUUGCUGUAUUAUUUAUCGUAAUAGUUGUACUAUGGAUCACUAAAGAUUUCUCCAAUACACCUGGAUGGGAUAUUUUAUUUAGAGAAAAAUAUGUAACAGAUGGAACAGCAGCACUGUUAAUUGGAUUCUUGCCACUUAUAAUACCAGAUUCAAAUCCAUUUCAAACUGAUUGGAAAUAUAAUCCCAUUCUUCAGUGGUCAGUUCUGUCAAAAAUGUUCCCAUGGGGUGUAUUUAUGUUACAAGGAGCUGGACUGUCUAUUGCUGAUGCAUUUAAAGAAUCUGGAUUAUCUGAUACAAUUGCUGAACUUUUACAAUUUGUCACUGGUGCUCCACAAACUCUUAUUAUCUUUAUUGUUAUUAUUAUCAGUGCACUUUUCACAGAAUUUACAAGCAAUUUAGCGGCAGCAAGCAUUCUAUUUCCUAUUUUAGCCAGUAUUGCGAAAAUAUCAAAUAUACAUCCCGCUUAUCUUAUACUUCCUUGUGCAAUGAGUGUCUCUCUAUCUUUCAUGUUACCCAUAGCAACGCCUCCAAAUGCGAUGAUUUUUUCUGGAGGCAAUGUUCGUAUUAUUGAUAUGAAUCAAUAUAAAACAAAAUCAGAUGCAAGACUUUCAACCUAUGCUUAG